AUGCAUCUGUACUACUCUCGAGCCAGUAAAGUUGGUUUUCUGCUGCUCAUCCUUCUGUACUGCAUAAUAGGGGGACUAAAUGAACAACAAGUGCGACCCGUAUCAACUUCAUACGCUACCACCGAAGCUAUUGCUCGUUGUCUUCAACUUUCCCUUAGACCGGCACAUCCAGAAAACUUCCAUAAUAGAACGGACUCCGACCGAUUUGACACUGAUACUCCACCGGUUUUGAUACAGAACGCAAGGAUGUGGACUGGGCGCAACAAUGGUACAGAGGUCAUCAAAGGUGAAAUCCUAGUUGACAAGGGUAUCAUUCAAAGUAUCGGUCAUCUUCCACGGUCGCUGUUGGAAAACUACGGCAAAAAACUCCUUAUUUUGGAUGCAAAGGGUGCAUGGGUUACUCCUGGGCUCAUCGAUGUUCAUUCUCAUAUUGGUGUCGAUUCCAUUCCUGAAUUCGAAGGAACAACUGAUACCAACUCUUUCCGUGGCAUCAUUCAACCGUGGCUUAGAAGUAUCGAUGGACUGAACACUCAUGAUAACGCUUAUCCUUUGUCAAUUGCAGGGGGCGUCACAACUUCUCUUAUUCUGCCCGGUUCUGCCAACGCUAUCGGUGGUCAAGCUUUUGUUAUCAAACACAGAGAAACUUCUGAGAAAUCGCCUUCUUCUAUGAUUUUGGAGCCUCCAUUCCAGAUGGAUUCCUCAAAUUCAAAUACCAACUUGCCACCACGUUGGCGCCAUAUCAAUAUGGCAACCCGAAUAAAAGAACGUCAGGAUAAAUAUUGCACUCGAGUAUUCUCAAACGACGUAGAGAAUCUAGGAGAGUUUCCUGAUGCCUUAGAAUGGGAGGCUUUAGUUGACGUACUUCGUGGCCGGGUUAAGGUUCAUACACAUUGUUAUGAGGCUGUUGAUGUCGACAGCUUCAUAAGGAUCUCAAAUGAAUUCAAAUUUCCCAUUGCAGUUUUUCAUCAUACAUCGGAAGCAUAUCUUGUACCAAACCUUAUUAAAAAUGGUUAUGGGCAUGCUCCCGCCAUUGCUCUGUUUGCCACAUUUGCUAGGUACAAGAGAGAAGCCUAUCGAUCGUCUGUGUUUGCUCCCCGUAUACUAGCCCAGCAAGGGUUGACUGUCCUUAUGAAGAGCGAUCACCCGGCAAUGAAUUCGCGGUAUCUCAUGUAUGAAGCCCAACAAGCUUACUUCUAUGGUCUUCCCCAGAAUCUAGCACUUCUUUCUGUUACAAGCAAUGCUGCCGAAGUUUUAGGCAUGGGCCAUCGCAUUGGUUACCUGGAUAAGGAUCUUGUUAUUUGGGAUAGUCACCCUCUUGCGCUUGGAGCAACACCUGUGCAAGUUCUCAUCGACGGAGUUCUUCAGCUGCAAACUCCCCAUAUAACUCACAAACCCAGCGCUUUUCAAAAAUCUCCCAAAGUUCCUAAUUUUGAUGAUGAGGCAAGACGAGUUGUUGAAUACGAAGGGUUGCCACCAUUGUCGCCUUCAAGAAUCUUUCACGAUACUACUGUCGUAUUCAAAAAUGUUAAUUCAGUCUAUUAUGUCAAGGAUAGGUCUAUUGGCAAGUUGCAGACGUCUGCCAGCCAUCUCGGCUCUAUGACCGUGGUUACACGCAAUGGGAUCAUUGUUUGCCAUGGAAGUGACAUAGAAUGCAUGGGAUUGGAUCUUAAGGACACAAUAAUGGAGGUUGUAGACUUAGAAGGAGGUUCCCUUUCUCCAGCCUUGGUUUCAUUUGGCUACCCUCUAGGCUUGGUCAACAUCCGGAUGGAACCUUCGACCAACGAUGGCUCUCUGUUCGACCCCUUGCUAGGAAUUAUCCCCAAGGUGUUGGGAGGUGACACAACUGUCAUUCGUGCCUUCGAUGGACUGCAAUUUGGCACUAGGAAUGCACUCUUGGCCUAUCGCUCUGGGGUAUCGAUAGGUGUAACCGCCCCGCUUGGAGAAGGGUUUUUGGUUGGACUUGCAACCGCCUUCUCACUAGGUGCCCUGCAUAAACUGGAAGACGGUGCAAUCAUCCAGGAAGUUACAUCUGUCCAUGUUUCGAUAGGUCACUCUUUUCCACAGAGUGUGAGCACCCAAAUCGCUGUUUUACGUAAACUUCUGCUAGGCGACAUUGAAGGAGAUGCAAAAUCAUGGUUUGGAAAGGUCUCCUCGGUGACGAUUCUAUGCUUUACUCAAGGUUUCGCAUCUAACUUUUAUAAUCAGGGAAAAAUUCCACUUGUAGUCGAGGCUGAUAGUGCCGAUGUAAUUGCAACACUUUUGGUUUUAAAGAAAGAAGUCGAAGUCGAAACUGGAAAUACCGUAACCUUGACCAUUUAUGGUGGCGCCGAAGCUCAUUUGCUUGCUAAAGAACUGGCAAACCAAAAUGUUGGCGUUAUACUAAAUCGUUCUAGACCUUUUCCCAGAAAUUGGGAUCAAAGAAGAAUAAUACCAGGCCCCCCGAUCUCGAAAAACAACACGAUCGUCGAGCUUCUCGCAAAUAACAUCACCGUUGGAAUAGGUUGUGAUAAUUUUUUUGGUGCUGCACAAAACCUUCCUUUUGAUCUCGCAUGGGCUGCCAUUGAAAGUGGCGGACUCCUUACAGAACAGGAAGCACUUGCAAUCGGUUCAACGAAUGUUUUGAACCUUCUUGGCGUCGAAUAUGACCAAACUACUUUCGACUUAGUGGCAACUCGGGGAGGGAACCACCUUGGUAUGAAUCGAAAAGUGGUGGCGAUGGUAUCUCCAAGGCAAAAAGUCAUUAUGGUAAAAAAUACGAAGAAGCCUGCUGUAAAUCAUGGAAAAUCCAUUACUUCCUUCUUUGCACGGACUCCAAAGACGGCAUCGCAGGAAGCGGCCUCGUCAUCCUCUGGGACAACCUCUUCUUCUUCUUCACUCUCUAAGCAAGUUAAAACGAGCGCUAUAAAUUCGGAUGUUACUAUGGGAUCUGGAGUUGUACCAUUAUCGUCAACAAAGAGUCCGGCUCCGGAAGCCAGUGCUUUUAGUCCAAGUUCAUUGCAGCAAGCAGAAAUAAGGAGUCCUUCCGAAAAUUCCUUUGUAUCUCCGCUGAAACGCUUGAGGGAACCUGACCGUAAGCCAGAAAUUAAAAUUUUGGCCACACGGCAGCGUUCAGAGAGCCUUAAGUCGGAUGACCCUAGGCAUCGGAAGUUCGACAGUGAUUCAGACGGUGAAACGAAUAAUAUAACUGUAUUUGUGACAGCGACGCACAUUACACAAAACCGGAAAAAAGUUCGCUUAUCUCCCCCAGAGAAAGAAUCGUUAGCUGUGAUCCCAAGUAGCCAGUCCGAAGAAGAACUUGUUCUUAAGGAAACCGCUAUCCCAGCAGCAAAAGCUAUACUCGACAAUCACAAACAAUCAUAUUUUCACAUUUCAGAUCCCGAAAAACAGAUCGGGGUACCCAUGGAUAUCGACAAUAGCACGAAGGACGCCCCACUACCAGCCGACAACGAUUUCCCAAACGAAGAACCAACUGUUCAACGACAACUUCCAUCUGUGGAGCAGAUGCUGGUCCCGCCGAUAAGCGAUCUACCAUCGUUGCCAUCCACUCCGCAAAUUCUAGAUCCAGACGCAAAGACCGCCUUAAUCAUUGCCGAAAUCAAGGCAAAGGCGUAUGCGGAGACUGCUCCCAGCCCAGAACCUGUAUCCAUUACAUUCAAAGAAGAACUGGACAAUACUAGUAGCGAAGACGAUGAUUUGGUUUCUUCUUUGCUCAGGAAAACGAUGAAACAAAAGCCGAACCCAAAUGAAGUAUCUAUCCAGCCAACUCGACGCUCAACGAGACAUACUGUGAGGAAUAAGUCUGAUUCGUCGCCAUCUAAACGGCCAUUGCAGAAGACAAAAGAUCAGCAGAAAGCAACUCCCAAGAAGCUUGAAUCAAACCCUAUCAAAGAGAUGUUAAAAGAGAGAAGAGCAGCCGAGAAACGAGGAGGGGGUAGUGACCUUUUCCGUAAAGCGGACUUAAUUGCGAAAGGUAUCAACAGCGACUCUCAAGAAUAUGGUGACAUGGAUGUAGAAGAUGCUAGAAUUGACUGGGACACUGCUGCUGAAACUGCACGGAACAUGACGUGGUUUACGGAAGGCGUGUCACCACAGCACCCGGACCUCAUCGGCUCAGAGCAGAUUUCAGAAGAUGAUGAACAAAGCGCUAUAGCUGGGAAAGUAAAACGCAAAGGUCAAAUCAUUGUAGAUAUCCUUGAGGCCGGCAAAGUCAUGCAGCAGGAGAAGGAAUACUCACAUUUCAGAGAAGGCAUCUCAAUUUGGGAAUCUUCUCAUUCGACGGUCGAUACUGAAGAGGAUCACAUCUUAGUCGAAGAAUUACUACGUUACUAUCAAUCCAUGGAAGAAGGCACUGGAAUAAAUUUGUUGAAACUAUGUUUGCAACAGCACGCAUUACGCUCUGGCGUCCUGGCAGAAUCUGCCGCUCAUUCCUUGGAACGUUUUUGGGGCACGACUUGUAAUAAAUCUGACAGCACAAUUCAGUUUGCGCAGGUAUUGGAAACGUUACAUCACUUGAGAAUGGAUUCCUGUCUCCUAACAUCUCAGGGUUGGGAUGCCCCUGUUUCUCGACCAUUAUCUAUUGUGAAUAUUACACAAAGAGACAACGUUAUUCGCCGAUUACUCCUUCUUGUGGGAGCAUGUGCCAGAUCCAAAAGAAUUAAGGUGACGGAAAUUCCAAAUAUGAGUUUAGCUCUACUUUUACUUGGCAUGGAUCUCGAAGCAUCGCCAGAUCUUAUAGAAGAUAUUACUAGGACCGUCAAUUUGGUAUGUAAUUGCCUCAGGGAAGAAGAUCAAGACAUUGUAAAUGUUCUUUGCGAAAAGAUUUUGCACUGUAUCGAGUCGUAUACACCAAUCAACAAAGCUCGCGUAAUAUCUAUGUUGUCUGCAGGCUCGGACAUUACACAUCAUAUCGCUUCUGUUGUUUCUUACAAUGUCAUCAUCUCGAAUAACAACGAUCCUGUCUUAUCCACCCGCCCACCUCUUUCCGAUAUCAUCGACGAGCUUGUUGAAUAUUCUGGGAAGAAUGGUAAACCUGCUGGCAAGUUCGCCAUAAACAACAAAACCAACUACGAUGAUGUUGGGUUCUAUACAUUCAUUCUGGGCGUCGCCGUAUCAGACAUUAGAGGAUAUGUUGCAGAUGACCUUGAGUCUAAAUCUAAGGCUGCAUCCCUCUCGCCCUUAGAGAGUCCCGUAAAAUUUGGAGAAAGGCAAGGGUCCGAUUUGCAGAUGCUUAUUGAUUCGCUUGAAAACCUGCACAACAAAAUUUCUGAUACUCGAGCUGCUCAUUUGGAGCGGUCACGAGCUAAGACGAACAUCAAAGGGUUGUCAAUGACAAUAUUUUACCAGCAGCGUUUUUGGCAGAGAAAUGGAGCGGGAAAAGGAAAAACGUUGUCCGAAUAUUUCAAGAAAAAAUAA